GCCCAUUAAAGCUCCGUGGGAACCAGUGAGCAGCUCCCAGUGAGCAGCUCCCAGUGAGCAGCUCCCAGUGAGCAGCUCCCAGUGAGCAGCUCCCAGUUGGCCGCUGUGCGACCAGCAGAUGUCAGUGUGCUUUGCUGGGCAGCCCUGCAGCAGCUCCAGCUCCUCUUUACUGCUGCUGUUCCUCGCUGUCGCUUCCUGUUUGGUGUUGCCUAGUCGUCAGAGGCAUGUUGGGCAUGAAGCACUCAUGCGAGUUGGGAGCAAAGCAGACUGGUCUCCUCCCUCCGGCCGCGCAGUGACACUGGAUUUUUGUGGCAUGGCGCAGUCGGACGACGGGGUGAGUGCCUGGGGCUGCAAGCGGGUGGCCCAGUGGCUGCAGGAGGAAGGCUUCGGGGCCUACGUGGAGCUACUGUGCGCCCAGCACAGACUGGACGGCCUCAGCCUGCUGGCGCUGACGGAGGCCGACCUGCGGGGCCCCCCACUGGGCCUCACCGUGCUGGGGGACAUCAAGAGGUUGACCAUAGCCCUCCGCCGCCUCCAGCGACAGAACCAGGCCCAGCUGGGGGAACUGGGCAUCCAGCCUGUGGACAUCCUCGCCGCGGGGCUCCCGCCGGGUGCCUCGGGGGCUGAUUGGAGCUGCGAUGGCGCCGAGAGGAGACAUACCACCGGUGACUACGCGGCCAAUGGGACUGAGCUGCGGUUGAGGAACGGCACCAGGUCCGUUUGCAGUUUGGGAAAGGUGCUGUGUCAGACACACACCAACGGAGGCUGUAGCCAACACAUGGCUGGCAGACUGGACCCAGAGGUGUGGAAGACGGUCAUCAGCUCCAUAUAUGUGUGUCUUGUAUUUGGAUUCACGUCUGUUGUCAUGGUAAUUGUGCAUGAACGCGUCCCAGACAUGAGGACAUAUCCACCGCUGCCUGAUAUUUUCCUGGACAGUGUUCCCAGAAUCCCUUGGGCUUUCGCUAUGGCUGAAGCUUGUGGGCUCAUUCUGUGUUACAUGUUCCUGCUGAUCCUGCUCCUGCACAAGCACAGGUCCAUUCUCCUCAGGCGCCUGUGCUCAUUGAUGGGAACCGUGUUCCUGCUGCGCUGCUGCACCAUGUUCGUCACCUCGCUCUCUGUGCCCGGGCAGCACCUGAAGUGUGCCAGCAAGACGUAUGGAGACGCGUGGGGGAAGGUGCAGAGAGCGGUGGCCAUCUGGAGCGGCUUCGGGAUGACGCUGACCGGCGUCCAGACAUGCGGAGACUACAUGUUCAGUGGACACACUGUCGUCAUCACAAUGUUGAACUUCUUUGUGACUGAAUACACUCCACAGUCCUGGAAUCUCAUUCACACUAUUUCCUGGGUGCUCAACCUCUUUGGCAUCUUCUUCAUCCUGGCGGCUCACGAGCACUACUCCAUCGACGUCUUCAUCGCCUUCUACAUCACCACCCGCCUCUUCCUCUACUACCACACCUUGGCCAACACCCGCGCCUACCAGCAGAGCCGGAGAGCGCGGAUUUGGUUCCCCAUGUUCUUCUUCUUCGAGUGCAACGUGAACGGACCGGUCCCCAACCAGUACCACUGGCCCUUCAGCAAACCCGCCUUCAUGAAAACUCUAAUCGGAUAAGGUGCACGGUCAAAGACGAGCAGCUGCAACGUGCAUGGAUUGGAAUAUUACAGCCUGAAUGAGAAACCCAUUACUUGAAAUGCAGCUUCUUAUGUUUGGAUGGUUCUAAGUCUAAAAUGUGGAUGAUUUUUUAACCUUAUUUGUGUAAAUGGAUGAUCUUUAUCUUGUUAAGUUGUCUUAUAUUUAUUGGAAUAAAAUGCUAUAUUGUUUUUUUUUCCCAAAAUGCAAAGCUGCCCGUGUUCAUUCAAUUGCUUGCUGCCAAAUAACCAAAGAUUGGGGUUUACUUUAUGAUUUUAUUUGCCUUAUAUAUUUCACCUUCUUAUCUCUCUUUUUUUUAAAUGGUUAAACUUCACUGCUGAUUAAAUCUUAUUUGUUGUCACUGUUCUGCAUUUUAAUUCUGUUCUACAGCUUUUCUGGGUUUUUUUUGUGUUUUGUAGAGAAGACUUUUCACAUGUUUUUACUAUCUGACACUUGUUUGCAGAUUAUUAGAGGAGCUCAACCGUUCCCUGAUCUUCUGUUUUGUGUUUCACAACAAACAUUUUUCUAAUCAUUUCACCUUUGGGAUAUUAUAGCAUUCACAGUUAAUUUUUUCAAAAAUUUAACUGUGGAAUUAUCAAAGUUUUUCUUUUUAUAAUUAUUGCCAUAUUCCAAUAUGAUACUGUGUUUAUUAAUAGCAGCAUCAGCCUGAGGUGUCUGGAUAGCACUGUUCAAAGACUGACGUCGUCAGCCAACUAAAUAUUGUUUACUAUGUCACUUUCUAUGUUUUUCCAAACUCUAAUUGUUUACAAUUUAUCGUCUUCUUUUCAGUGUGGAAGUAUAUAAUCUGCCUUUUAGCCAAACAAGAAAUGUUUACAGAUAUGUAACAUUGUUUUUAUAUUUAAUUUUUUAAAUAUUCUAGACUGACCCCCUUGGCUGCUUUUACAGUGUGUAUUUAUUCUUUUUUUUUUAAAUAAAGUGGACUAUAAUUUUGUAAAAUUCUAAUUUGUAUCAUUAAAGAUUAUACUGUGCUCCAGCGUGCCUCAGACAUGAAAGAGACAAUGGGAAUAAAUGGCUACUCAUCUUAGUAUUUGAGGCAUUUACAUCAUUGUUACAAAAAUAAUAAAACUGCAAACUCG